CUCAAACAGUAGAGCAUGAUACUAGAUACGAUAUGGUUGGAGACUCGACAGCAAGCAAUGCAUGAAAAUAUCCAUCACUUUAGAAAAAAUGAUACAAAACAUGAAAACAAAAAACGUACACUUUUGUACGUUCAAAGCGUGCAUAAUAAUACUUUAAAGGUACAUAUCAUUAUUCUGAGAGUUAUGUUGUGUCUACCAAAUGUAAUUCACUAAAUUCUGCUGUGUUUUUCUCAUAAUGUUGUUUUCGAAUAGUGGUGUCUGUGGAUUCCAGUCCGGGACCGCAAUAUCACGUAGAUGCCAAAAUGACACGAUUUGGAAGAGACGGUACCCCGUCGUACUCCAUGCUGGGCAGGAAGAAGAAGACAGCUGAUACGUUCCAGACUCCUGGACCCGGAGCCUACAGUCCUGAAAAAGCUCCACCUUUGAACCUUCACCACAAACCUCCGUCUUACACCAUGGCCUUCCGCACGCGCUACCGCAGCGUGGACCCCGUCCCGGCCCCCAACCGCUACACCUUACCCAACCUCUUCGGCUCUCACGUUCCCCACAAACCCGCCAGCGCCAGCUUCACCAUAUCAGCUCGCAGGAAAGCGGGCGGCCCAUCGGAGGACCUGUCUUUGACCCCGGGACCUGGCCGAUACAACAGCACAGAGCCGAGCGUUUAUCUGAACAGACAGCCUUCUUUCUCCCUGCAAAGCCGCUGUAAUAUUCCCACCGAUGCCUCUCGGAAGCCUGGUCCAGGAACGCACAGCCCAGAGAAGGUGAUAGCACACCUGCCCCGUGCACCGUCUUUCUCCAUGGGUGUCCGUCACUCGGAGUUCGUAACACCGCUGAUUGUUGAUGUAUUAGACUGAAGGCUCUCAUGCACUGCUUUGUGGGUAGCUAGAAGGAUUCGGCUGUAAGUCAUUACGUUAAGGGAAAAAUAAAGUUUUAGGAAGAGUCCCGGUAUUCAUUACCUGUCAUCUGGUUUUGUGUAAAGACAUUUUUCAGUUUCAUUUACAUAGGUUAUUUUUAAAAAUAUACCCAUAAAAUAAAGUUUUUUUGUAUGAAUUUUUUCUUUAGUAGUUUUCUGAAUGCGUUUAUAACAAACUUAAAUGAAAAUUAGAAAUGUUGACUUGGCAACUAGCUAACUAAAUAAGACUGGUCACGGUUAACAGAAAUA